AUGGGUCCCAAGAGGGCUGUGAGUCUCGAUCGGUUGAUCGAGAGUCUCAAGGAUCUGUCCAUACGCUCCUCUGGGGGUGGCGUAAGGCGUAGUCUCUCUGACCAUGUCGUCUACGCGAGGCUCAGGCGUCUGGUUCCCUCGAUUGUCGACGCAGCAAACGUUUAUAAUGGUAAUAUCCACAUUUUGAUAUCGCAUUUGACAAACAUAACCUCCAAUUUCAAGUCUCUUGUGAAAGGGGGAAGGUUUCGCGGAAAGACGGAGUUUCUGGCUGAAAAAAGCGGCUCAUUCUAUUGCAACGUCUGUAAUGGCUCAUGUGAAUAUGUAUAUCAGCCAAUGGUCCAGGCGAUUAAGGAUGGACGGCUCUUUUUGUCCCCAAAGGCGAUCUCUACUGUUCUUUCCGCCUACUGCCAGUGCGGAUACUCCGCGGAUUUGAUGCUGGAAUUCGAAUGUAGGAUUGCCUACUUCCUCUACUCCUCUCUCCCAAAAACUCAGCUCGACAUGUUGAAGAUUAAUGAUCAUUCGGCUUUGAAGUCAAUUGGCAGGUUUGAAGAAAACGACUACUUGAAUGAUUUUUUGAGCCUCCUAGAAAGGGUUAAUGGAUGUCAGAGUGAUGAUAAAGGUGCUCAGACUAUCUAUGAAGUUGAGAUGGCCUGCAAAAAAAGCGCAAACUUUUAUACGGUUCCCACCUAUAUCGAUGUGUGUAUGGUCUUGCAUUCCCUCAGAGCUCAAAGCCCACUUAUGUCCCUGAUUUUAAGGCUGUCUUCCAAUUUUUUGCAUGUGAAAUUCUCCUCGGAAAAAAUCAACGAACUCCAAACAAAGGAUCUAAACUCCAUCUCUAGAAUUAUCGUAUUAUUGAGGACGAAGAAUUGUAUAGACGAUUCUACUACAAAUAUCGCAUUAAAUCUUGUAAAAAAUCAUCUAGAGAUGUUAAACAUGCGCGACUUAUCUUCUCUGCUCUCCGUAUUCAGCUACAGUACAUUUGGAAACAGUGCAUUUGCCAAUAAUUCGCGCCAAACAUUACAGAAUACCGCUAGAAACACACAUAAUCGACGCUUUCUAGGUAAAGGGAAGCCAGGAAAUGGCAAUGCUAGUUUCAAGGUAAAUUUAAAUAUCGAUAGAAUUAUAAGCUAUUGUGUCUCAAUGAUUUAUGAUAAAGAGACCAGAAAGUUUACAAAUGUAGACUUGAACUCACUCAUAGCCCUAACUAGGUCAAUAAACGGGAAUUUUAUACUGGAUACAACUAUAAAACACUUUCUAAUAUAUAACAUCGUAAACAGAACAAACGUCACUAUGGGCGAUCAUAACCUAUCCCCGUUGGUAAUACUAUUGGAAUAUUUAGACGAUGACCAAACGUAUGUGGCAAUGAUGUCGUUCAUUCUGGAAGGAAAUAUUUCAUUUAAUGUGCAUGACAUUUACAAUUACGUCAAGUUGAUAGAAUUAUUUAGACGAUUUGAAAGUAGAAUAAAACAUCGAGGAUACCACUAUAUUGAACCAUUGGUAGACAUGGAAAAAUACGAAAAAAAACCGAUAUAUUUGAAUACUUCAAAUGUACCGACAGAUGUAAGGAAUUGUAUCCUGUGUAUAACAUAUAAUUCUGCGGUCAUGUACACUGCCAAAAUUGUAAAAAGCCAAAUCAUUGACAUGGUCUAUUUCCUCAAAAUGUUAAUGUACAUUCUAGACAGCUAUGGAGAUGAAAUUAAGAAAAGGGGCGUUUUCAUGAGAGCUGUAGUAUCUUUCUCCUCGGAAUUGGAAAAGUUUUAUAACUCACACAAAGAAAAAAUGGAUGCGCAAGACAUUGUGGUUAUCAAUAAAUUUAUAUCUAAAGUUCACAAUUUAAAUAGAUAG